UUCAAUCAACAUGGUUGCUAAGAUCGUUCUUGCCUUCGCCGCUCUGGUCGCCUGCGUGUGCGCCGAGCCCGGUGCACCCCUGGUGGUCGCCGCCCCCGCCCCCGCCUACGUCAAGGCCGUGGACUUCCACGCCCGCCCCCACUACUCCUUCAACUAUGGCGUCAACGACCCCCACACCGGUGACCACAAGAGCCAGCACGAGACCCGCGACGGAGACGUCGUCAAGGGCCAGUACUCUUUGCUCGAGGCUGACGGCACCACCCGCACCGUCGACUACACCGCCGACCCCAUCAACGGCUUCAACGCCCACGUCACCAGGUCCGGACACGCCGUCCACGCCGCCCCCGUCGUCAAGGCCUACGCUCCCGCCCCCGUCGUUGUCAAGGCUGCCCCCGCCGUCUACGCCGCCGCCCCCGCCAUCUACAAGGCUCCCGUCGUUGCUGCCGCCCCCGCCCUGACCUACGCUCACGCCGCCCCCGUCCUCAAGGCCUACGCCGCCCCCGCAGUCCACUCGGGAUACUCUUACGCCACCGCCCACGCCGCCCCCCUCGCCUAUAGGGCUCCUCUGGCCUAUGCCCAUGCUGCCCCUCUGGCCUACAAGGCUCCCCUCUCUGAAUCAAAUCAACAUUCGCCCUUUUCUCCUUCGGGAUUCAUAUUCACUGAUCGAUAUCAAAUCAUCAACAUGGUCGCUAAGAUUGUUCUCGCUUUCGCCGCUCUGGUCGCCUGCGUGUGCGCCGAGCCCGGUGCACCCCUGGUGGUCGCCGCCCCCGCCUACGUCAAGGCCGUGGACUUCCACGCCCGCCCCCACUACUCCUUCAACUAUGGCGUCAACGACCCCCACACCGGUGACCACAAGAGCCAGCACGAGACCCGCGACGGAGACGUCGUCAAGGGCCAGUACUCUCUGCUUGAGGCCGACGGCACCACCCGCACCGUCGACUACACCGCCGACCCCAUCAACGGCUUCAACGCCCACGUCACCAGGUCCGGACACGCCGUCCACGCCGCCCCCGUCGUCAAGGCCUACGCUCCCGCCCCCGUCGUUGUCAAGGCUGCCCCCGCCGUCUACGCCGCCCCCGCCCUCCUGAAGGCCCCCGUCCAGUACGCUCACUCCUACGCCGCCCCCCUGGCUUAUGCCCAUGCUGCCCCCGUCGCCUACAGGGCUCCCCUGGCUUAUGCCCACGCCGCCCCCCUGGCCCAUGCUGCUCCCCUCGCCCACGGCUACGGAUACCACUACUAAGAAGCUAAAUUUUGCUCCAAAUUUCUAAUGAGUCUGAUCGCUAUCGCAUAAAAAUGUCUUGCUCAAAAGGCAAGAUUCAUUUUUCCAUUGUCACAAAACGUUAACUAUUUAUGUGCAAAUAAAUCAACAUUUCUCAACGAA